UGGGUGUUGCUUUUUAAACAUUGGUGUGCACAAUUGUCAAGCUGCCAUUUAGGCAAGAAGAAAGAUCAUUUUCUCCCCUCUAAACUCUUUCCUGCAGACAGAAGCAGAGCCAUGCCUUAUACCUACCGGGACCCCAGCGCACGGGCUCCUUCUGUGCCCCAAAAUGCUUGUGCCACACACUCCAGUGGCCAAACAUACCAGGAGCUGAAGCUUGAAUGCCAGCAGAAGGGGACCCUCUUUGAGGAUUGUGAUUUCCUAGCCAACGACUCUUCCCUGUUCUACAAUGAGAAACCACCAAUCCCCUUUGUGUGGAAAAGACCAGGGGAAAUCGUUAAAGACCCACAGUUUAUUCUUGGAGGAGCCACAAGAACUGACAUUUGUCAAGGAGACCUUGGUGAUUGUUGGCUAUUAGCAGCUAUAGCAUCUCUUACCCUCAAUGAAAAAGUACUAGCCAGAGUUAUACCACAAAAUCAAGAUUUUGGACCAGAUUAUGCUGGAAUAUUUCAUUUUCAGUUUUGGCAAUACAAUGAAUGGCUGGAUGUUGUUAUCGAUGACCGCUUGCCCACUUUCAAAGACCGCUUGGUUUUUCUGCACUCAGCUGAACUCAAUGAAUUUUGGAGUGCAUUGUUGGAAAAAGCCUAUGCCAAGUUGAAUGGAAGUUAUGAAGCUCUAAAAGGAGGAAGUUCAAUUGAAGCGAUGGAAGACUUCACUGGAGGAGUUGGAGAAACAUUUGAAGCUAAAAAGGCUCCAAAAAAUUUCUAUGAACUCUUACAGAGGGCACUUAAAAGAGGCUCACUGGUGGGCUGUUCUAUUGAUAUCAGCAAUGCAGCUGAGUCGGAAGCUCGAACACCAGCUGGCCUCAUAAAAGGUCAUGCAUACUCAGUAACUGGCAUUGAUGAGGUCAAUUACCGAGGGCAAACAGUGAGGCUCAUUCGAGUUCGGAAUCCAUGGGGUCAAGUGGAAUGGAAUGGUGCCUGGAGUGACAACUCCUCUGAGUGGAAUUCCCUCAGCCCAUCAGAGAAACAACAGCUACAUCAUACAACAUUAGACGAUGGAGAAUUCUGGAUGAACUUUGAAGAUUUUCUGUCUAAUUUUGAGAAAGUUGAGAUUUGUAACCUCACACCAGAUGCUCUUGAAGACAAUGCUGCUCAUAAAUGGGAAGUGUCCAUUCACCAAGGCAGUUGGGUCAGAGGUGCCACUGCUGGAGGGUGCCGAAAUUUCAUAGAAACAUUUUGGACCAAUCCCCAGUUCAAGCUCCAACUGACAGAAAAAGAUGAGGAUCAAGAUGAGUGCACGUUUGUAGCUGCCCUGAUGCAGAAGAAUCGUCGUAAACUCAGGAAACUCGGAGCUGCACUGCUAACAAUAGGAUAUGCUAUCUAUGAGUGUCCCGAUAAAGAUGAACACUUGACAAAGGAUUUUUUCCGCUACAAUGCUUCCAAAGCCAGGAGCAAAACCUAUAUCAACUUAAGGGAAGUUUCUGAUAGAUUUGAGCUACCACCUGGCGAUUACAUCAUUGUUCCAACUACAUAUGAGCCACAACAGGAGGCUGAUUUCUGUCUAAGAGUUUUUUCUGAAAAGAGAGUAGUUACAAAGGAGAUGGAUGGAAAUGUCAACAUUGAUUUGCCAGAGGUUCCUGAGCCAACACAACCCCAACAAGAAACAGAAGAAGAAAAGCAAUUCCGAGAUUUGUUUAAGCAGAUUUCAGGACCGGACAUGGAGAUCAGUGCAGAGGAACUUGAAUAUAUCCUGAAUGCUGUGUUGGAAAAAAACAAGAUCAAGUUCAAAAAAAUAAGCUGCCUGUCAUGUAAAAAUAUCAUUUCCUUAAUGGCUUCCAGCGGGAAUGGAAAACUGGAAUUCAACGAAUUCAAAAUUUUCUGGGACAAACUGAAAAAGUGGAUUAGCAUCUACCUUCACUUUGAUUCUGAUCAGUCUGGCACAAUGUCUUCCCAUGAACUUCGUCUUGCUUUAAAAGCAGCAGGAUUGCAGCUCAAUAAUCAUCUGCUGCAGCUGAUUGUAUUAAGGUAUUCAGAUGAUCAGCAACAGAUUGAAUUUGAUGACUUCUUAAACUGCCUAAUUCGCUUGGAAAAUGCAAGCAGAGUAUUCCAGGCAUUAUGUGUGGAAAACAGAGAUUUCAUUAACCUCCAUAUAAAUGAGUUUAUCAAUUUGACUAUGAACAUCUGAAGGCCUUGAACACGGAAUUCAGCCAGUUUCCCAACAUGUUUCUGAAUUGAACUGAGUUCACAUUUUCCCCUAUCACUGAAAAUUACAAGGAAUGUUUGUAUUGUCAAUUUUCUUAUAAUCACCUAUUGUGAAUAUGUGGUUUUAGAACUCAAAUGCAAAUAAGUAUUUUCUAGAUUUAAAGUCCUAUUAUUUCAGCCAGCACAGGAUAAUGGAAAGAUAAUAGGAUCUGAAGACCUAAACAUCUGGAGGGCAGUAAACUGAGGACGUUGCAUUAACAUCUCUUUGUAUAUGAAUAUAUUGCACGAAUACAUGCUGUAACGAAUUACUGUUUAGAUGACAUAAAUGAAUAGCCCUAAGCAAUUAUUGUCUUUUGAUUUAACGUAAUUAUGUUGGUUCCCAAUAAACAUUUUG